UCUGUUGUAUAACUUGUAAUUAUUACGAAAUAUAAGUUUUAACCUUUCUCGAGUUCUCCUGUGUACAUUAGCAAACAGUUAAAGAAUAUGGGUCCCAGUGGUCGACUAUUUGGAAUCUCCUUAUUAGAAGUUCGUUUCUGUUUAAAAAACCACCAGGUUUCUUCGAGGGUAUUUUGUAGGUAAAUAACUAGAACAAUGGUAGUAAGAUAGCAACGACCGCCAAUUGACAAUUGCAUUGCCAUUGCAAUAUAAUGAAGUUAAAAAUAAAAAGUGUAAUCUUAAACUUAAAGUUUCGUACUGUAGCCUGUAGCGCUAACGGAGUGGAAGAACGGCAAUCCUUGUCUUGGCCUUAGUUUAGGUUUUUGGAAUCCUACACAAUUUGUAGUAAACACAACAUUUCCACUUAAUUUUUUCCCAUCCAGGGUACACAGUGUUACAUACUGUUACAUUUACAUAGUUAUACAGUAACUGACUUUACUGACACACAUUUAAUAUUAGAAUACAGUUUUCUGGUCCUGGUUUAUAACAAUUUGUUACUUGCUGAAAUGUAAAUUAAAAUAGACUAUAUUUACUAUAUUAUAAAUUAUACAAUAAAAAAAAACCUAGUAAUUAAGUAGGGGUAAUAAGGGGAGAGACUGCAAUCAGGUUAGUACAAAAUAAAAUGAGUAAAACAAAGUAAAACAAAUAAAAAUAAGAAACAGCACUUAGCUGGUAAGUUGUGUCUGUGGGCCAACAAUAGAAGUUCUAGUGUGAUACUACACAGAUACUACUUACCAGCUAAGUGCUAUUUCUUAUUUUUAUUUGUAUACCGUUUUUUCUGUUGUUUUGUUUGCUGACGAAGGCUUUCUGCCGACACGUUCGCUGUUUUGUUGCGUUUAUUUUUUCAGGUUUAACCCUACUUUGUUUUACUCAUUUUAUUUAGUAAUUAAGUAAAAGUAAUAUAAUUUUUUAUUAAGCUCAAUUCAGUAUCUCUUAGUAUUACACAAGUUCUUAAACCUGAUUCUGAUCGCUUUUUGUAUUAUUAAAUUUUAAAUUAAAGCAAAGUGAUCUUUACCACGUUUUAUUGAAAAUAAGGCUUUUAAAAAACGUACAUUUUUGGAAACGAAAACAUUAAACUAGAUUUUGCCGUAUUAUAAUUAACAAAAUAGUUGAUACUGAUCACUGAUACUGAUACCUAUACCCAUUAAUUCCAUGAUUGAAAUUGUAAAUCAAACUCUGAGACAAUAAAAAAAUUAACCAAAGCAACCAUAAAAAGCCACUCUUGUAUACAGGUAGUCCAAUUCAGUUUAUAUUGAGCAAAAACAUCGGGCGUACAAGGCCCUCCAUGAUGACCCCAUAUCAACAGCAAAGACAACUGCACUGAGGAGCAUCCGCAGCAAGGUCCAGUUGCAACUGCGCCAGAUGCAAGACUCCUGGCUGAGUGCGAAAGAUGAUGAAAUUCAGGACUUUUGCAGACAAGAAAGACAUGAAAAACUUCUACAGUGGCCUGAGAGAAAUCUAUGGAGUUACCACCUCAGGCUCUUCCCCUCUCCUUAGUGCAGACGGUUCUACACUCAUCACAGACAAGGAGAAAAUCUUGGAAAGAUGGGCGGAACACUAUGAUAGUGUGCUCAAUACACCUUCCAUCAUUAAUGAUGAGGCUAUUGAAAGACUGCCCCAGGUCCAAAAGAACAAGUCACUGGAUGCUGUCCCAACUUUGGUCGAGAUACAGACAGCUAUCCGCCAAAUGACCAAUGGCAAAGUACCUGGCUCCCACAUGAUUCCUGCUGAAAUCUACAAAGAGGGUAGACCAGCGCUGACGGAUAAGCUAUUGUGUCUAUUCCAGAUCAUCUGGCAGACUGAAACUGUACCACAAGGCCUCAAAGAUCCACCUGUAAAAACACAAAGGAAACCUACAGGCCUGCGACAAUCACAGCGGAAUUUCACUGCCGUCCAUUGCAGGCAAGAUCUUGACCCGAGCCCUUCUGAACCGCCUGAAUGCACAUCUGUAGCUAGGUCUCCUACCCGAAAGUCAUUGUGGUUUUCACAAAGGGCGCGGAGCUAUCAAUAUGAUGUUUGCUGCCAGGCACCUUCAAGAGAAAUGUCAGGAGCAAAAUGCAGACCUAUAUUCCACAUUUAUCGACAUGAAUAAGGCUUUUCAUAGGGUCAAUAGAGGUGGCCUGUGGAAAAUCAUGAAAAAGUACGGAUGCCCAGACAAGUUCACCAACAUCAUCCGUUCACCAACAUCAGCUACACGAUGGCAUGAUGGCCAGAGUGCAGGACAACGGCCAGUCAUCUUAAGCAUUCUCUGUCACAAAUGGUGUGAAGCAGAGCUGUGUCCUGGCUCCCACACUCUUCAGUAUUAUGUAUUCUGCAACGCUGUCUGAUGCAUUCAAGGACUCCACCACGGGCUUGCCAAUUCGGUUUCGCACCAAUGGAUCAGUCUUCAAGUCAACCUUAGGAGGCUUCAAGCUAAAACUGCAUCAGGGUGGUGAAGAUACUAGGUAGGUUCGCUCUAGCAAGGACCUCUGUGUCAGGAAUUUUGUCUAGCCACCUGAUGCCGAGGAAUUUCCUGAGGCAGGUUGUGUGAAAAUGGUUCAGUUUCUUGGCGUGACGCUGGUAGACUGUCCACAUUUCACAUCUGUAGAGCAAUGUCGAGAGGACUGCUGGGCUAUAGACCUUGAUCUUCGUUUCUCGUCUGAUACCUCUCCUGUCCCAAACAGUGCUGAGGAGCUUGCCAAAUAUGGCACUAGCUUUUGCGAGUCUGGCAUUCAAUUCAUCAUCCAUGACGACAAAUCUGGAGAGGGUGCUGCCCAAGUAAGUAAAUUUAUCCACCGCAUUAAGACGCUCUCCGUUGAUGACGAUGUUGGGUUCAAACGAAGGGCUUACUGGGAGCUAGCUAAUACAUCACUUCAGUCUUCUUUGUGUUGAUUGUGAGACCAAAGUUAUUGCAGGCCUCAGGAAAGACAUCAACCCUGUGUUGCAUGACAGCUUCUGAGGCAGCGUUGAGGACACAAUCAUCCGCAAACAGAAGCUCGUUGAUGGUGUUAUGUUUGACCUUAGUUUUAGCUUGAAGCCUCCUAAGGUUGACUUGAAGACUGAUCCAUUGGCGCGAAACCGAAUUGGCAAGCCCGUGGUGGAGUCCUUGAACGCAUCAGACAGUGUUGCAGAAUACAUAAUACUGAAGAGUGUGGGACACGUUGGAUGGGACACAUAGCCCGUAUGGAAGACCACCGGCUCCCAAAAUAGAUAUUCUCUUCGGAGAACUCACAAUAGGCAAGCACUCCCAAGGAGGUCAAAAAAGUGUUACAAAGACUCACUGAAAGCGGCACUAAAGGCCUUCAGCAUCAACCCUACUAAAUGGGUGCAGACAGCCCAGGACAGAACCAGGUGGAGAACAGCUGUCAAGAAGGGGGAUUAAAUCUCAUGAAGCCAGUAGGAUAACCACAGCUGAGACACGCAGGCUAGCCCGAAAGAGCAACAUUAGAUCACCGACUGCAGUAACUAUCCCCUGCCCAUGGUGCCAGUAUUAUUCUGAGCAUGGAUCGGACUAGCAAGCCACCUACAAGCUCACCGUAACCCACACUCCCCCCAACCAGAUGGCUCGAUGGUCCUAGUCGAUUUUGACGAAGAACAACAUAUUUUUUAUUGAAUAAUUUUAUCCUGGUAUGAGAGUUACUAUUAUCUUUACCCCGGAUAAGCUAAACCCCGGAAAUGAGAAACCCCAGCGGUGAUCGGCAAUGACUUAAUUGAGUCAAUAGCAAUUAGCGAUCAAAUAAUAUAUAACACCGGUAAUUUUAAUACAAUAAUUAUAAUAUAGGAUAUAAUAAUAGUAAUAAUAUAAACAUAAAGGCUAGUAUUAGUAUGUAUAGUAUAAUAGUACAGUUUGAUUUUAGGGCUUAUUCAAAUUAGUCUAUAUGUAGGUAUUGGUACUUGGUGGAUAUUAUGCUAUAUUAUAGUAUAUUUUAAUUUGGCGUUAAUUAAAUUUAUAAAUUAUUAUUAAGAAAUUCAGCUCUUCAGACUUGUUUAAAACCGGUACAACAUUGAUUUGAUUAUUACCGCCAAUGUGCCACAUUUUUUAUGAAAUGCAAUUUCCUAUGGUAAUAAUUAAUUUAUAUACUGGCCAAACUUCCUCAAACAUAGGAAACUUGAUCUUUCUAGAAUAUUUCAGCAACUAAGUAUAACGCGUAAUGGAGGUGCAAGCAUCGUAUUUCAAAUUGGAAAUAGCUUAGACAAAAAUAAUAUACUGUACAUAAUAAGAGCAAUGUCAGGAAACUAUUCUUGUUAAAAGAAUGAAGCAAUUUUUUUUUUUUUUUUCAAUGGUGAACAUAAUGAAAAUUUACAUACAUUUUUAAGAGUCAUGAGUAAAAAAAAAAAUGAUGGGAAACACUGCUCUAAAGGUACCACUAAUGUUACUUUAAAUAAAACAUCUAUACAAUAGUUACUUUCAGUCAGUGGUCAUGCAUGAAAACCAAGGUACAGUGGUACUAAGUACUCUUUAAUUUGUAUUACCGGGUACUUAAAUCUUUUAAAUUUAUAUAAAUACGGGUACCUGUAGUAAUUAUGCAUGUGUUUUGUUACAGUACCAGUACCUUUUAUUUUACUGUACGGGUACAUUUAUUAAUUAUUAACCAAUUUUUGUUAAAUUUUAAAUAUUUUUUUACCUAUUUUAUUACAAGUACUUAAUAAUUUUAUUUUCAGAUAUUUUACACCAAGCCAUGCAAUCCACACCACAACCAUUUGUUUGAAGCAAACAAAGAAAAAUGAAAUAAGUUCAGAGCCUUACAAAUUUACAAUCAGUGCUGCCAACAUCCCUACUCUACCCAAGUCUGGGCCCAUAAAUAAAUACCAGCCAUAUAUUGUCACAGUUAGUUUGGCCAUAUUCAUGAUAUAUUUUUUUUUCCUUAGAGAAGAAAAUGAUAUUGACCAACAGUUGAAUACAUCUUUAUUUCGUCGUGUUCCGAAUUUGGAAGAGCCUCACUUGCGACAAGCUAUACCUCAAAUGAGAGAUAGUGGAAUGGACACAACAGAAGCAGAGAUAAGAUUAAGAGACAUUGUAGCUAAAAGACAAGAGCAAGAAAAGAAGCAUUAAUAAUAUCAUAAUUGCUCUACAUUCUUUGUCCUCAAAUAGAAUUGUUUGUGUGGUUUAACUGCAGUUAUUCCAGUACACCGUAUCUUUAUGUGAAUUAUUAGUUUUAUUAGCAGCAGUUUAAUUUACUGGUACUAGUACUAAAAAUUCUUAAGCGAUACAGGUAAUACUGUGUUAUAAUUUACUUAAUUAUUAAUUAAAAAUUAGAUUAAAGAGACCAGGGUUUGUUCAUUUAAGUCGUCAGCAAAAAAAAAAACCCCUAGUGCAUACUGAUAAUACAUAUAUACUCUUGCUUCUAGCUUUUUGGAAACUACUUAAAACAAAAAAAAAAGUGGUAGUGCCUUUGUAAAAUUAAAAUGGAACUAAAUAAUCUUAAUUGUAGUUUUGCAUUGAUUUUGUUUCAUGAAAUUUGCAAUCACUUCAUUAUACUUCUGGUUCUGGUAGGGUACGUUGCUGAAUCAAUGUACUGGCAUAUGUGCAACGGUUGGGGAAGCGAUGCUGCUAUCCUAAUGGCUCCUAGCGAAUGCCGGGGCAGCCUUGAAGCUCUCAAUUGAUGUCGAGUCCAUGGCAGCAUUGUACAGGUGGUUCCAAGCGAUUAUUGUGCAUGGGAAGAAUGAUUGUUUAUAUUGCACUGUGUUACACCACGGCACAGUGAAGCAUUUGCUAUUGUUCCAGAUGUAAUUGCUUAUGGGGUUGUUAGAGGUGAAGUCAGUGUUUAAUGAGCGUUUGGCUCUGAUUAAGCGACCUGGCUUCUGUGGGGUGAGAUAAGUGUUUGCUGGGAUGGCCGGCACUAGCCACAUGACCACUAGGCGGAGCUUUUCUCGUCUGUCUUUGAGGGAGGGGAUGUCAACUUCAUGGGUUAAUGAUAAUUUACAUUUUUUCUACUUUUUAGUGUUUAAUUUAUGACAAGAAUUGCUAAUUAACAACUUAUUUUGUAAAAUGUUGAAUCAGACAGAAUUAUUACCCACAUGAUUAUUCUAAUUCUAACCCUACCCCAUUGGGUUUUAUGUCUGUACAGGGUACUGCAAAUUAACAGUUUAGUAAUUAUUCCUUAUUAUUGACAUGUAUAUUUGUAUUGAUAAUUACCCACCCUUACUUUGUAUUGAUCAAUUGAUGUGACCAGUGUUAAUGAAUUAAUGUACCGGUACUGUAAAUCAUUAGAAGAAUUUUAUUAAUUUACUUAAGUUACUUCAUGUUUGAAAAAUUGAAAUAAAACAGUUUCUAAGCUUUAUUUGUACUGGCACAUAUUUGUCCUGUAGUAUUUUAAGAAAUGUACCAGUACCAUACUAAAACUUUUAAUCACAAAUUUAUGUGACCACUCC